UCUUGCAAAGCCCUAACCUCCCGAAGUCUUAAAAAAAAAAUAGGCAAUAAUUCCUGAGCAGAGGAGCCAGAGAGCCGAAAUAGCCGGCGAAGGUUACGGCGGCGACGAGACGGUGGUGUCUCAGUCCGAUUCAUGGGAAACCAGAAAUUAAAAUGGACGGGGGACGAGGAGGAGGCGUUGCGCGCCGGAAUUGAAAAGCACGGCCCCGGGAAAUGGAAGAACAUUCUCCGUGAUCCCGAGUUCGCCGAUCAGCUCAGCAAUCGCUCCAACAUCGACCUCAAGGAUAAGUGGCGUAACUUGUGUGUUGCUCCUGCUACUCAAUGCUCAAAUGAUAAGUCGAGAACGAGGAAAGUCAAAGAAGAAGGCGUUACUCUUGCUUCUCUUUCACCUACUGCUGCUGCCGCUACUCCACCUCCUUAUGCUAACUCUUCUUCCUCCUCGCCAGCUACUUCCCUUCCACGCAGUGCUUCUUCUGACUUUAGCGUUGAUAAUAACUUUGUUGUGGAUAACAAGAACGCUCCCAGGUAUGACGCGAUGAUAUUUGAAGCUAUCUCUGAGUUAGCGGAUCCAAAUGGAUCUGACGUCGGUUCCAUCUUCAGCUUCAUUGAGCCAAGGCAUGAAGUGCCGCCAACUUUUAGAAGAGUCCUUAGCUCAAGACUGAGGCGGCUCGCAGCUCAGGGAAAACUUUCAAAGGUUAGCAACUCAAAACCUUUACUGAACUUCUACAAGCUACCAGAUGGAUCAGAAACAACAACUAGAACAACACCUGCCCCAACCCCAAAACCAAUGGAGACAAACGUAAAACCCCGGCAAUCAUACAUCAAUCAACCCCCUUCGGUUUCACAAGAGAUGAUCGACGAAGCUGCAAUAACCGCCGCAUGUAAAGUUGUAGAGGCAGAGAAUAAAAUAAACGUCGCCAAAGCAGCAGUGGAAGAGUUGGAGAAGACGACUAAGCUUGCAGAUGAAACCGAACUUAUGCUGGAGUUAGCUAAAGAGAUGCAUAAACAAUGUUGUCGUGACGAGGUUGUGGUCUUGGCUUGAGUCUAUAGGGGCAUAUCAGUGUCUCCAUUCAUCCUUUAGGUUGAUUACACUCUCUUCAGACCAGACUUGAAGACUUUCUUUAGGUGGUAGACGAGCUACGGACGUCUAAGUCGUUGGUUUAGUUGUUGAUAAAAAAAAAAGAAGAGUCAAUUUUACGAGGCGUGACUCUUUUUUUGUGAGUAAAUUUCAGAGGCCUCUCUUACAUCAACAUAUUAUUACUAGUGAGAGAUUCCUUUUGCUUAUGAAUUUCUUUUUUUUCGAAUAGAGUUUACUAUUUUUGGGAUGCAAAGUAAAUUAUUCUAAGAGUGAUUUACGCUA